UUUAGAUGGACCACCUAUUUUAAGAUGGAUGGUUUAUAUCUUGGGGACCACAAAUGUAGAAAUUCGGUCCCCGUCGCAUGAUACAAUGGUCCAGUAAUACUAACCAGGUUAGGUUCAAUGUCUUUUGCUCCAUGGCCAGAGUCGCGCGUAAACGAAUUUGAAAGUUUGAAAGUUGAAACCAUGGCUCCCCACUUAUCAAAAUCAAAAUCCGCUUUCUCGCAAGUCACGGUUAUCUCUCAUCUCUGCUCGCCUCGCCCUUCCUUUAAUGGCCAGACGCCUCACCUCCUCCAAACUCUCUCUCUCUCUCCAAAUCCGCACCCCUCUCUCUCUCUAAACCCACAUUGCUCUACCCAGACUGGGCUCAAAAGUUCCUACUCCCUACCAGAGAGUUGGACCUCAGGAAGCUCUCUUUCACUCUACCACCCCUUCAUCUCUCUCCUCAACACUCCUCUAUCUGCCCACCAAUUCAAAUCCAUCCAUGCCCACUUCAUCCGAACCCACCUCUUCUUCGACACCUUCGCCUCGAGCCGUCUCCUCAAAGCCUCUUUCUAUCACUACCCAUCUCUCGUUUACGCUCUCCGCAUUCUCUCUCUUACCCCAUCUCCUGAUACUUUCACCUGCAACACCCUCAUGAAGGCCUUCUCUCUGUCUCCAACUCCUCAAAAAGCCAUUCAAUUCUAUUUCAGGGCUCUUGGUUCUGGCAUCACUCCUAAUGCCUACACUUUUCCUCUCCUGGCCAAAGCCUGUGCACAUUCUCGCUCUACAACAGACGCCCAAAAAAGCCAUGGCCAAAUUCUUAAACAUGGUUUCAAUUCAAACCUAUAUGUGAACAAUUCUGUUAUAUAUAUGUAUGCUUGUUGCCAUGAAAUUGAAGUUGCUCGCGGAUUGUUCGAUGAGAGUUCUAAACCGGAAUUUUGCAGAGAUUCAGUCACUUGGGGUGUUAUGAUAACUGGGUAUGUUCAAAAUAGCCAUUUUUCAGAGGGUUUAAACUUGUUUAGAGAGAUGAUGGGUGCUAAAAUGGAACCCAAUGAUGCUACAUUGGUUAGUGCUCUCUCUGCAUGUGCUUACCUUUGUGCAUUGGACCAUGGGCAAUGGAUUCAUGCUUUUUUAGAGAGAGAAAGAAGAGAAAGAGAGGGAAUAGAUGUAAUCUUAGGCACAGCUUUGGUUGAUAUGUAUGCUAAGUGCGGAUGCAUAGAUGCAGCUAGAAAGGUUUUUGAUAAAAUGCCUGAGAGAAACUUGGUUUCUUGGACUGCUAUGAUCAAUGGGUUAUCGAACAAUGGGCGUUCUCAUGAAGCCAUAGACGCGUUUCUAGAGAUGGAAAGAGAAAGCAUUGAGCCAAACGACAUUACGUUUGUCGGGGUCCUCUCCGCUUGUGCAAACGCAGGUUUGAAGGAGGCCGGAUUUGAAUAUUUUGAGAAAAUGUACAGGGUUUAUGGGAUCAAGCCAAAGAACGAGCACUACAGCUGCAUGGUAGGGCUGUUAGGGAGGUUGGGCCUACUGAGAGAAGCAGAGGAGUUCAUCAAAACCAUGCCUUUUGAUCCUGAGGCUUCGACUUGGGGUGCCCUGCUUGGUGCUUGUAGGCUCGCUAACGAUGUAGAGCGAGCCAAAUUCGUGGGUUCAAAGCUUUUAGAGCUUGACCCCAGAGAUGGGAGCCGAUAUGUCAUGUUGUCGAACAUUUAUGCAGCUUCCGGGCAAUGGGAAGACAUGGCCGAAUUACGAAAGACAAUGAGAGAGAAGCAAGUGAAAAAGGUGGCUGGCUGUGCUUCCCUCUCCAUCAAUGGCAUAAUUCAUGAGUUUGUGGCCGGUGAUCGGUCGCACCCGAAAACUGAUGAGAUUUACUCGAUGUUAGGAGAGUUAGAGGAGAGAUUGAAAAGAGAGGGCUAUGUUCCUGAUACUAAAAAUGUUUUGCAUUACAUGGGAGAAGAGGAGAGAGAAGGGGAACUGGGACUUCACUGUGAGAGGCUAGCAAUUGCUUAUGGUUUCAUAAGCACUGAGAAUGGGGUGCCUCUUAGGAUUGUAAAGAAUUUGAGAGUUUGUGGGGACUGCCAUUUAGUAACAAAAAUGAUAUCAAAAAUCUAUGACAGGGAAAUUGUUGUUAGGGAUAAGAAUCGUUUUCACCAUUUCAGGGAUGGAUCUUGUUCUUGUUCAGAUUACUGGUGAAAUUAGGUUUAAGGGUUUAAGUGUCACAAAAAUUAGAACAAAAUAGACGUAACCAAAAAUUGAGAUAGAAAACAAAUUGGUUGAAUGUUUGGAAGUUCUAUAUGGACACACUAAGGAUUGUAUAUUAGGAGACCAUUCACUUUUGAUACAAGUAGGUUACAAUCACUUUUAGCUAUUAGAUGUAAAAUCCGACCGAUUGAUGUGUGUUACGAUGUUUAAAAAAUUUUAUUUUGAACUUUGUGUCCAGUCAAGUCAAUGGUGCAACCCCUACUACCCGAUUUCACAUCUGACAGUCAAUAAUAAUGGUAACCUCCUUAUACCAAAAAUAUAUGGUCUUAUUGUAUACAUUUCCUAACAAUAGAACUAUUUAUGUUUAGUACAAAAUCAUCACCAUUACUUCGGCUUUUGGAUGUGAAAUCGAGAUAGCUUGUCAUGUCACCAAGUGCACUCAAAGUAAGAGAAACUUAUUUCGAACUCAGGAAAAAAUGAGAGCCAUCCAAUUUCUCAUUUGAGUGCUAAUGGUGACCCUGCGACUUUUUCGUAUCAAAGAUAAAUAGUCUUAUAUUCUAGAAUCCCUAAUGUGAAUGGGUGGAGUCCUGAAGUGAUGAAAAUAGCUAAUGAGGGCUCUUCUUUGGAUGAGUCAUCCCCGAAGUCUCAUAGUUGGAAGACUGAUAAAGGGAGCAUCUGACUGAGAGUGGGCUGAAGAUCCAACCUGUGAAUGUCAGUUUCGAUGGCUCGUUUGAACUGAUUGUAAAGGCCUUGACUGAUGAUGGUGACCAAAAUGACUAUCAGAAGAAAGGGCAAGAAGAAAUUGUCCCAUGGAAUGGAAAAUCUAGUGAACUGGGCUGAUUUUGACCCCUUAUUGCUGACCCAUUAUGUGUCUUGGAGGGGGGAAGGGUUCAAGUCUGAAUGAAGAUAUUUUGUUGGAACAACAGAAUGCCGAGGAACAUAAAAAGGAGGAGAGUUUUGAGGUUACUAAUUAUAAAAUACAAAAAAAGAAGAAGAAAAAGAAAA